AUGACUGAGGAAUGCAUCAGUAAUUGUACAGAGGACAAAACAAGCAAAAUCAACGAGAAACAAGAAAACAAGCUUGGUUUCUCUGAUUACCAACACAGAGCUGAGACAUUCAUGCUUGAAAAUAAAGAUGACCUUUCGGCUUUCACUUCCCCCCCAACAAGCGAUGCAGUUGUGCCAAGUCCUCAUGAAUUACACCAUUUACAAAAUGCUGACAGCAACCCCACAGCCCUAAACGCUACUGACAGAUUUCCCCUUGUGCCAUCUGCCUUAACUCUCAACGACCGUGUGCCGGGGGGCUUUGACACUUUCGAAAAGAUCCAGCUCUCACUUGAAUAUGAGGAUGGCCUGAGCAACAGCCCUCUCCUUACAAGCCUAGACGGGCAGCAACAACUUCAACACUCUAUGCCAGAGGCAGAGAGCAAUGAGCAUGAGAAGGUACCAGAAGAGGAGGAGAAGGAGAUGGAUUUAUUUGAAUGUCACACUGAGUACAUGGCUAAGGGAUUUUUAAGUCAAGAUACCAGUUAUAAUCAAUUCCCAGCAUGUACCCCAGCAUCAUCGGCCCCUGUCAUUGCUAUUGGUCGUCCAGAGCAACAGCCUAACUGUGAAUCAUCCUUUAAUUCCUUUGAGUGCUUCGGGGUUGAGCUAGACUCACGAUCAAUGCCCUUCCCUGUUCCCUCCAAGAGCGACAGUCUAGCCUCCGAUGUGAAUGACGAAAAGUUUGAGAUGAAAAAACAAUUUGACAUGGUGUUGCGAGAGUUGAACUUGUAUUUUGAAAUCAGUCUGGGUGAUUUGGCGAGUGAGAGCAGAGCAUCAUCACCUGAGCAGGUUAUAGAUAUAACUGAAGCCCUGAAGGAUGACACUUCAAUCUGCAAAGAAGAACACCUCAGAAGCCCAGAAGGAGGAAACUAUAGAGACACAUCAUCAGAUGAUGCGGAUGAAGCUGGCAGCCUGGAGAUGUGUGGAGGCGAUGCAGUGGUUUCUCGUCCCUCUGGCCCCUGGGACGGGGAGCAGGAGGUGCCCCUCGGCAGCCACCUGGGCCAGGAAACAUCCAUGCGCCCUGCAGAGAAACAGAAAGACACCCGGGAGAUGGAGCAGAAAAAGAUAAUGUGGUCUCCGUCCUUCGGGUGUCAGCCGCUCGUGGAUCAACUGAGCCACAAAACCAAGAGGCAGAAUAUUAUGUGGGGCUUUGGAGCCCAAACAAAUGCAUACACAAUGCUCAAUGGAGGGGUGUCAAACGGGGCGGACAGCGGCCCAGACUGGCUGUUCGUGCCCAGCUCGCGACGUAGUGUGAGGUGUCGCGCCAGUCGUUCGGAGUAG